AUGAGAAUACUACUCGCAUUAUUAGUGACCGUGUUAGCGGUAAAGCCAUUAAGCAUAGGUGACUUCCUUACUCACCCAAUAUCGGAUCAUGCUAGACAGCUCAGAGGACAAGCCAUUGUUGACUACGUCAAUUCGCAUCAAUCGCUCUACAAGGCCAAGUUUUCACCGGAUGCCGAAGAAUUUACGAUGUCUCGAAUUAUGGACCUGAAGUAUCUUUCCCACGCGGAUGAAACCGUAACGGAAGAGGACUUGGAUCUCAGUGACGAAAAAAUACCAGAGCGAUUCGACGCUCGUGACAAAUGGCCUCAGUGUGAUUCGAUCGGCUUUAUUCGUGACCAGUCGAAAUGCGGAUCAUGUUGGGCAGUGACAGCGGCAGAAGUGAUGAGCGACAGACUCUGCAUACGAUCGAAUGGUACAAAAAAGGCGCAUAUUUCUGACACUGAUGUCCUCACAUGUUGUGGAAACGAAUGCGGAAAUGGGUGCAAUGGAGGAUGGAAGCAUAAAGCUUUUGAAUACGCAAUUAGUACGGGUGUUUGCACCGGAGGAACCUACCGGAUGAAGGGUGUUUGCAAACCGUAUCCUUUCUAUCCAUGCGGACAAUACGAAAAUCAAACAGUUUAUGGACCAUGCCCUAAGAAAUUAUGGGGCACUCCAAGAUGUCGAAAGACGUGUCAGCUUAAAUAUCCCGUUCCUUAUGAGAAAGAUAAAAUACAUGCCGAAAGAUCUUAUCGUCUACCAAAUAACGAGACGAUUAUCAAAAGGGAGAUUAUGACCAAUGGACCAGUGGCGGCUUCAUUUGAAGUACACGCAGACUUUUCAUUCUACAAAGAAGGAAUUUACAAAAAUAAAGUCUUCUGGCCAACUGGUAUACACGCUGUCAAAAUUAUUGGCUGGGGUACGGAAAACGGAACAGAUUAUUGGUUGAUCGCAAACUCAUGGAGCACAUAUUGGGGAGAGAACGGCUACUUCCGUAUUUUACGUGGAGUUAAUCAUUGCGACAUUGAACAUAGCGUGGCAGCCGUUACAAUGGCCGUGUAA